GUGUGUGUGCGUGUGUGUGUGUAUGUGUGUGUUGCUGAAAGAGAGAACGGGGACAGGACAACACAGCCAGGCGGUAUAUAUAUGUAUAUAUACAUAUAUAUAUAUAUAUAUACACACACACGCACACACACACACACACACACACAUACGCGCGCGCACGCUCUCUCUCUCUCUCUCUCUCUCUCUCUCUCACACACACACACACACACACACACACAUAGGCACACACGCGUGCGCGCGCACACGCACACGCGCACUCACAGGCGCUCGCGCCGUCCCUGCACGCAGCCUGACGCAUAAACGCUCCGCCGCCGCCGGUACCUUCCUGAUCCCUACAAUGGACCUAUUCGAGCUGGACUUCUUCAGGGAGUGGGAGCUGGAGCAGCAAUGCCAUUAUGAGCAGGACCGUUCAGCACUGAAGAAGAAGGAAUGGGAGCGACGCACACAGGAAGUGCAGCAGGAUGAAGAUUUGUUCUCCACCGGCUUCAAUCUAUUCGGUGAGCCGUACAAGACAAACAAAGGUGAUGCCCUGGCCAACCGAGUUCAGAACACGUUGGGGAACUAUGAUGAGAUGAAGGAGCUCUUGACCAGCCAUUCCAACCAAAGCCACCUGGUGGGCAUCCCUAAGAACUCAGUUCCCCAGACCCCAGUGGAGAAAACUGAUCAGCCAAGCUUCUUCACCGAAGCUCAGCGUGGCAGAGCUGCCUCAUCACAGCCAGCGAACCACACCACCUCCAUGCCUCCUCCACCUACAACCAACAUGGCAGGUCCCAGCAUCCUCCAUGGGCACCAGAGCACCAAAAAGUCUCGUUCCUCCGACUGGUCACGAGGAGCACAUGGUUCGGGUAGCAGCCAGGCAGCUCAGGCUGCCAGCCGGGGAAAGCAGAGCUCCAGUGGGCAUGAACAGGAACAGGGUGACUCGAGCCCUGGCACCUCGUCCACCUCCACACACCCCAGCAGGAGGCACGGGCAGCCAGCCAAGGUGCCAACUGUUGCCAACUCACCCUGCGAGCAGGACUCGGGGUCACCUGUGGCCUCUACUUCCCUGGUGCCCGGUGGUCUGUCCACACCAACAUUCCCCCAGGGCCUGCACUGCAAGCCCAGCAGCGGAGGACAGCAGAAACCCACAGCCUAUGUCCGGCCCAUGGACGGCCAGGACCAGGCACCCAAUGACUCUCCUGAGCUCAAGCCCACUCUGGAAAUCACGGAUGGAUACGUUGGAACGCCAUUUACAAGCCUGAUGGAUGGCAAAGGCAACGCAGUAGGGAGCAAGGGCAAACUUCCCAAGCUGACUCUCCCUCAAUCAGGGGAGGUCAGUCUGCCCAAUGACUCCAGCUGUGUGGAGGAGAUUUUGCGGGAAAUGACCCAUUCCUGGCCUCCUCCCCUCACUGCCAUACACACACCGGGCAAAGCGGAACAGACCAAGUUUCCCAUUCCCAACAAGGACCCCCAACACGUAACACCAGCGUACAAUGGGCAAAAACGCUGCAACGUUCCUGGUAACAAGCCCUCGACCAAGCCAGUGCCACAGAAGUCAAUGCUGGAAGAUGACCUGAAGAUCAGCAGUGAUGAAGAAGACAGUGAACAGACUGCAGAGAAACCCAAAACCAGGAGCACACCUCCAAACCUUCCAGGGCCCACACCACGGAGCAGUGAUCCAGGUGGCCACUCCAGCGGGGCUUCUGGGAGUUCCAGCGAAUCAGAAAGCAGCUCUGAGUCUGACUCUGACAGCGAGAGCAGUUCCAGUGACAGCGAAUGCAACCGAGCAUCCCGCGCCACUACACCAGAGCCUGAACCACCGUCAACAAACAAGUGGCAGCUGGAUAAAUGGUUGAACAAAGUCAACCCUCACAAUAAGCCCCUUGCCAACACACAGUCAGAAAGCCAUGGACUUGGAAGCUCUCAGCCUGAGGAUGGCCAAGCUACAGAGAACCAAAGCUGUAGUAAGAGCAAGCCCAGUGCAGCUCUGGCACAAGCAGACCCCAAAGACCGGGCCUUGCUCAGUCCCAUCCGAGAGAAGGCCAAGCCUAAAACAGGCCAGAAAGGUCCUGAUGGUAAGGGUACCAAAGUGAAGGCCCCAACUUCAGUUGAUCUGCCUCCUUCCAGGAGAAGCACAGGCAAGAAACAACCGAAGAAAGUCGAGCAGUCCUCCAACAGUGAGGAGCACAACUGGCCCAGACCCGUCAACUCCAGCACCACACCAAAGGAGAAAGAACCUCCUCCUUUAGAACCACCCAAACCUAGAGGCAAGGCUCCAGGGGGCAAGACUGCCCCCAGAAAGGAACCCCGAUCCACUACAGUAACUACACCUGCUGUCCCCACCACCUCCACUAUCAGCACAGCUCCAGACAAGAAGAAGCACAGAGGGCCUAGUAAGAUCGUCCCCAAGUCGAAGGAGUUUAUUGAAACAGAGUCAUCCUCAUCAGAGUGCCACUCGGACCCUGAGGACCUUUCAAAGGUGCAUCUUCCCUGCCCUGGCCCUAGCAGCCUGAACUUUAAAUCCAAGGACUGUAACAGCAAUAUCCUGAGUGUCAGCAGUCUUGCCAGCACCAGCAGUACCUCCAUUCCAGACCCAGCUGCCACUGACCUGCUGGAAGAGCCCCUGUUCUCCCCCAUCUCCAUGGUACAGAAUGAGCUUCUGUCACCACUGCGAGACUUUGAGGACAUUAAGUCCCUGUGGGUUAAGAUUGAGCUCAGCCUCCUGUCACGGAUUCCUGGGCAGGAUCCACCUGAGCCACUUCCUGCCAAGGCUGAGUGUCGAGAGGCCACCUUCAAGCACAGGAGACAGCAGUCACCCGCCUCCAUUCCGUCAGAGAAACCCACCAGCAAGUCAAAGAGGAAACACAAGUCAGAUCAUUGUGAGGUGUUGAGUGGGACCAAGAAGUUAAAACUGGAGAAAGAGGCCCUGCUCCUCCCUCCCUGUAUCUCUCCCAUCCACAACCACAAAGUCUCGAACACAAAAGACUCUUCGAAGAAGCAGCCGAGGAAGCUCCUUCCACCUUUGCUCUCCCCGCUGUCGGACGAGCCCAUGGGUCGCCAGCGAAGAAGCAGCGAGAGCAGUUCUCUCAGUAUGGAAGGAAGCACAGCUGUUCCCACAACUUUACCGCCCUCUCACUCCCUUCCACCUUCUUCCUCUUCGUCAUCCUCAUCAUCGUCUCACAAGCACCGCAAAGGAGAGAGCAAGUCUCACUCCAAGACCAGCAGUCAGGAGGAAGACAGCCAUGCAAAGACCUCCGGGGGUUUCCAUGCCAAUGGUCAGUCCGAGUCGAACAUGUGGCCGAACCCUUCAGCUCUGUCCAUGGACAAUUUGGAGCACAGGAGACCUAAACUCACAUUCAACAACACUGUUCACAAUGCGGACUACUACAUGCAGGAAGCCAAGAAACUAAAGCACAAAGCUGAUGCGCUGAUGGAGAAGUUUGGCAAAGCUGUCAAUUACGCAGACGGUGCACUCUCCUUCAUCGAGUGCGGCAAUGCCAUGGAACGAGACCCGUUAGAGGCCAAGUCGCCGUACACCAUGUACUCGGAAACUGUGGAGCUCAUUAGGUAUGCAAUGAGAUUAAAGAACUUCACCAGUCACUCAGCCACGCUGGCGGAGAAGAAAUUAGCGGUGCUGUGCAAUCGGUGUUUAUCCCUGCUGUACUUGCGGAUGUUCAAACUGAAAAAGGAUCACGCAAUGAAGUAUUCACGCUCCUUAAUGGAGUACUUCAAGAAUUCAGCGAAAAGUUCUCAAGCACCUUCACCGUGGGGCUCCAAUGGAAAGACUACAGGAACACCAUCUCCCAUGUCCCUGAGUCCCUCCCCCAUCAGCUCAGUCAACAGCAACACCGGAGCCAUGGUUUCUUCCUCCUCGUCCUCUUCCUCCUCCACGGGCAGCGUGGCCAUCCCGCAGCGCAUCCACCACAUGGCCGCCAGCCACGUCAACAUCACCAACAACAUCCUGCGCAGCUAUGAGCACUGGGACACGGCCGACAAGCUGGCCCACGAGAGCCAAGAGUUCUUUCAGGAGUUGGACUCAGUGAUGGAGCCACUGACGCAGCACAGCAGCAUGACUGACCUGGUGCGCUACAUCCGCCAAGGACUGCACUGGCUCCGCAUCGAGGCCCAUUUGUUAUAGUGCUGGAGCUUUUCACUGUGCUCUCUCUCUCUCUCUCUCUCUCUCUCUCUCUCCGUCUCUUCUGCUCUCCUUCUCUCUUUCUCUCACUCCUGCCACUCCUUCCAUCACUUCCUCCUUCCACCAGCACUGCCGUCUCAGAGUUGCUCCUACGGAAACGAAGUUGAGGAACGAGUGGAGCGCAAGGUGCCGUAUGAUUUUCUGGAGAUCUUGAGCACUUUGUGAAGGACUGCAAAAACUGUCUUUGUGUUCAGAACAGAAAAAAGAAAAUACGCUUCUGCUUGCAGCUGUUACAGAGGACAGAGGAGGUCAUGUGACUCGACCGGGCAGAUCGAUGAGACGGGACAGUAUCUUUGUUUUUGAAUCUGCUCUCUCGUUUUGUACAGUGUACAUUAUUUCCUAUAAAGUGAAAGAAAGGGGCAAACAGGUGCCCGGUGUGCAAUCCUUCUCUAUGUCAGUAUUGUUUCUUUGUAUUACAUGUCGAUGGCUUUAUAAAACGAUUGUGAAGGACUGGGGGUCAAAGGAGUAGCAAAAAAAAAGGGAGUCAAAAGAGAUCCAUCUUUUAGAGGAAGACUCCACCCUGAACGAAUUGAAUAUUAAUAUUUAUAAUUAUCAUGUGAUCUUAAAUGAUGUCAAAUAUUUAUUUUGUACUGUCUUUUCUUGACAUUUAAACUAAAACAGUCUUGAAAGGUUUCCUACGUUACCCACAAUGCCAUUCAACUCCCUGCAGAUAUUGGUGCCAGUGAGAAUUCAGCUCCAUCGAAAGAGUGGGAUGCGGCAGCGCUUUAGUCCUUUAGCCUGUCCAGCUCUCUCAACUCCUGUACACAUCUGUACACUCCGCUUGAGCAGAUCAGGGUUCCAGUGUUUCAUGCUAACACCGCCGUCAACACCAUCACGCUCAUCAUCUCAUAGAUCGCUGACUAGCCGAGCCGAGUCUCGACCGUAACUUAGCGCCAUAACUUAAUUCUUCUACGUUGGAUUUCUCAUUAAUAUGACAUUGAAGAUCUUGCUCCUUUGUAUUUAGGAGAUUGUUAGUAAUCAUUGAACUUUUUUUCUCUUACAGCUAAACACCAUUGUAGCCACACUAGCAGUUUCCUCAUGUGACAUAUAUUCAACAAAACCGCUAACACGCCAGCUAAGUUUUCACAGGAAUAAUGAAAACGCCGCAUCAACCAACAAAUUAGCACUAGAAUCGCUAAACACAUCAGAAAUAUUUCUAAAUAAAUAAAUGAAAUGCUUCAGGGUGGAUUUUUUCUUUAAAUUCCCCUUUUUACAUGAUGCGCUUUCUACAGUGCCAUAAUAAUGAGUAAUAUGUAACACUCACACUGGCUUUAUUCCAAAUCUGAUUAUUCUAAGGGGACCACAUGUUUAAAAAUUGUUCGAGAGUGUUUAAAGGAUGUGCAGUUGACUUCUCCAGCACGCACACACACACACACACACACACACACACAGGACAGCAGCGUCUCCUUGACUCAACAGCUCUUUUAUCUUUCCGAUAUGUACCAUACUGACUGUGUUCUAUAUGACGACUCUUUUACUAUUCGAUGUUUGCAUGUUCACAGAGGGUGUUAUUAGAUAGUUCUAAGAGAGUCCAAACAUCAUUAACAAUUAUUCAGAAUUCUGUGCUUUUUUUUUUUUUAUUUUACUUUCUGUCGCAUCUUGUCGAUUUUCCUGGGCAGGCAGCUUUUAAUCAGCUCUGUUGUUUUUACCUACAAAGAGUUUAGUGCCUACUGUAGUCUGAAAAACUUGAUUUUCCCCCCAAAAAGCACUCCCAAAAUAAUUUGAUCUGUAGAUUAGCUAACCUGUAGCUCACAAAUGUAAACGUGUCUAGACUUUUUUUUGGUUUGUUUUAGCAGUGGACUCUUUAUCGCCGGUACUUUACUGUUUAUUAUCAGUAGUACGCUGUUGACAUGCUGUCAGUGAGAUGUUUCUCCAUGCUCUUCUGUUCCGAUUUAUCAGCGUAGGCGUGCAUGAGUGUGUGGAAGGUGUGCGUGAACGGAUGACCGUGCUCAGAUUCUCAGUGCCAGCAUCAGUUCCAUUAAGCUUAUAGGUUUCACUGAGAGUCUUGACGUGAGUGAUUGAGAGAGAGAGGGAAAAAAAAAGUGUGUGUGGGCGUGAAAAGUGAAUUACUUUGAAUAUACAAAAGUGCCUGCGUAUGCAAUGAGAAUUUAUUAGAGUCUAUAUUUAAGAACGAGAAUGAAUUGAAAAAUCUUUCCAUACCAUAUUGGUAUAUUCAAUUUUUUUUUCUCUUUCAUACAACCACAAUUAUUUAUUUGUGUGCUUUUUACUAGCAAUGGUGAUACCUGUUUUUGCUUAAAUAAAUUUCAAAUGUUGCGAUAAUGACAUUUAAACAUUUCUGAUUACAUUUAUGCUCUGAUGAUGCUAGAAAAUGUCUCAACUUCAUUAAACAUUUAUGUGUAUGUAAGACCUUCCAGCAGUCUGAUGUGCUAAAAAUACAUUUUAAAAGACAUAUAAAAAUCCAAAGCUAUCCUAGCAGCACUGUUUAAUGUCUUACUCUCUUUAAAUUCUCACUAAGUAGUUGUUUUUUUCCUGAAACCCGCCUCUGUUGAACAUUCACAGGAAAAUUACGAGCGUUAAAUCAACAGCCAAAGUGUGCAUGUGAGAUCAGUGUAAAUAUUCAGUGUAUACUGGAGCCAGUUUAAAAGGAGAGGUGUUCGUUUAUCCGUCAUGAUUUUACUGUUUGUGUAUCUUUAUACAGAGCUGUACAUUUUAUCACACAGCUCUUUAUAAAGAUAAAAAGUGCAAUAUAAAUACAACCGAAUCAUCUUAAUAAUCUCAAAAUAGCUUCCCAUAAACACUAGUCUUAUUACGAGAGCACUACAAAACACUGACUCACUCAUUUCCUGCUCUUGCAAACAUUUGAUAAGCUGUUUCAAAUCCACAGAAAUUUGCAUUUACAAUUAUUUAUUUAUUAAUGAAUGACAUGACUCUUGUCAUUUUUGGAGCAGCUUCUGGAUAAACCCUCUUAUUUCUUUCUCUUAAGGUUAAUAAGCCUUAAAAAAAAAAAAAAACACUGUAGAAAGAAGUGAAGGAAAACUCGCCCCUAAUUCAGAAUUCCGUUUUCUUUCAAUUAAUUAAUUGUAACAGGCUAAUACAUAAAAGUUCCUCUGCCCAAGAGUGUUUUGUUCCUCUUCUACCAUAGCAAUUUGCCAGCCAUUUUAUGGAACGUCCACAAAACAAGUCACUUCCUGUUAUCACUUACGUUGUAGCAGUGUAUAUAAACAGUCGUUCUCUCACCAACCUGUUUUUUUUUCUCUCUUGAGGUUAAUAAGCCUAGAAAAUGUAGCAUGCCAUGUUACCAAGAACCCAGAAGGUACAAAAUCCACUGCUGUGAAGACUUUCUUCUAGUCAUUAGGAAUUUUUUAUUCGUCUACUUGAUGUAGUGCAGCAAUCUCAUUAGUAGCCUCCCUGAAUAAAGAGUACAUUUGGUUGUGGCAUAAAAUGCAGCUACAUUUUGGCAUUUUGUCUGUUCUGGGAAACUUUAUAUCGAAGACCGGUUAUAAUCACACCCCUGAGUGAUUACAGGCCCAUAAUGAUCCACCACUAUGGAGCUUAAAAGCUGACAAAAGUAUUUGAAUAUGAAUUUCAUUUAUCAGAAUUAUAUACAAGUCAUAUUAAAUAAAAUACUUCUUUUUCCUGUGGUGUAGUUAAUACAUUUUUGCUAAUGUUUUUUUCUUUGUUUUGAACUUACUAGGGGUAACAUUGCAUUUAAAAACAUUUAAUUGAGCAAUAGGGGUUAUGAUUUUGAGAUUUUGAGAAAAUCAGAACAUACAGAUAUUGCAUAAAUUGGUCAAAAUCAAACCACGAAGUGAAGUUAAGUGAAGCGACAUGGAGUAGAACAGUAAUACAGUAAAUGCACCUAAAUUUUUAUGUUCUAUUGAAAUACCUACAUUCCUAUUAAGCAGCUAACUUUGGCUUGCCAAAAAGUCAGUGUUAGCAUUGCCUAACUAGCUAGAACAUUACAUAGUUACUCUGGGCAUAUACUAAGCCUCAAGUGUUUAACAUCAUUGUAGAAAACUAGCUAUUCUAGAGAACAUAAACACAGUUUUAUUAGUACUUUUCCCUGUGAAUCUGAAAACCAUAUCCCAUGUUUUUGAAUUCUAUUUUUGUAGCUUUUAAUGGCAAAUCUUACCCAUAGUAGUUCCAAAGAAAGAAAGAAAUAUUGGCCAGAGUUGCGCAUCAGAAAAGCGUUUGUCAUGUCAUCAGGAGAUCUCUAGUUUGACUCUGAUGACACCACAGCUGUCUGUGGCCAAGAAGCAAGAGACAGAAUUGGCUCUCUGGGUGGAAGGGCAUAUCACAGUGACAUAUCUGUGAGCUUAUUUAUGCGGAAGAGGGCAGAAAGCACAGAAAGACUGUACCGCACGUGUUAUCUUCACUCUUCCUGUUAGGUAGCUGGUGUAUGAUAGAGGAGAGCUGGGCGACCAAAUUGGGAAGAAAAUUGUCAGAAAUGUAAAUUUAUUAAAUGUACAACAGAAAAAAAAGAAUUUUCUUUAAUGUGACGUACAUAAUUCAAAUACAAAAAAAAUCAUAUUCAAAUACUUUGUGUCAUCUUCCAAGCUUCAUAGAUGACAUGUGCUCUAAUGUGGCUUAAUUUAAUUUAAUUUGGACAUAAGUCUGUCAUAAAUUCUCCAAAAGAUUUAUUCAGUGCUUGUGAAUGUGUUAUAAAGCAAACGUAUAAAAAGCAUUGCUGGCAGUAUCGACAAUAAGUUAUCGAGGUAAUUUAUUUAUUAACGUACAAUAGUUUAGAGGCCAGUUUCUAGCCUCAUCAGAAGCAUUUUUGUACAUAUACAUUUUUACAUUAACGUCAAUCACGAUGCCUUGAGACUAAAGGAAGCAUGUAAGGAAAAACAUGGAGCAGUUAUUCCCGGUCUUGUUCAGUCUCGUUUUGUCUCCUUAUGUACAGUACAGAGUGGUGCUCCAUCAUUUGUGUGUUUGGUGUUAAACAUUGUGUCAGAUCGAGAUGUUGCGUUUGACCUUACUCAGUCUGUUGCCUUGAAGCGUUUGCAGAUUUACAUAACCUCUUAUCCGCUGUGGUUUAUUAUUCAGAAACCCUCCUGCUACUUCAUUACGUUUCAAUUCAGUUUAUUUCAAGCACCAUUUGGAGUGUGUUUUUCUUCCAUUUCUGUAAAGCCGUGUGUACAGCUUAUCAACACUAAAGGGAUUUCUGAGAAAAGAAACACAUUUGCUUUACUUUGCUUCCUCAUUUAAAGGGAUUGUUUGACAUUUUUCCCACAAUAUAUUCAAGUUCAUCUUUGUGUGUGCAGUUAUGACAGUUUCUGAGCUUACAGUAGCAUAUUGAAAGGAAGUCUAGAGGAGCUCAUGGGGAAAAAAAAUCAUUUUCCAAUGAAUAUUGCAUUAAUUUGUUAAUUUUAUAAAAAUGUGUCAAUAAAGAUUCCAUCAUUUUUCUUGUAGUAUCUCUAUUAUGUAUUUCCUACAUUUCCUACAUGUGAUUAGCAGGAUAAAAAUGUUUAGUUCAACUGUAAAUGUUUCUACAACUGUAUAAAAAAAUAACGCAUAUAACUGUUUUUUUAUUUUAUCCGUGUAAUCAUUAUAUAUGGAUUCUACUCAGCCUCACAUGUAUAAGGGUCUGCACUUUUUCAUUAUGUUAAUCGUUAUUAACACUGCAGGAGGGAAAAACGAGUGCAUAUGAAAACUUCUGAUUCCGGAUUCAAUAGAAAUUUGAACAAAAAUGUUGAACCAUCCCUUUAAUGUGAAUUAUUAAUGCCCAUGGAAUGAACCAAACAUAUAAUAAAGACAUUGUGUAUCAGAAACCGAAGAGUGAAACCCUACAUUUUGAUAGCUUUUGGGAAAAUCAAAACUGGAGCAGUUUUCCAAAGAGAUGUGGUUUUUCAUUUGGCCACAUAGAAACUACAGGACAAUUUGUGUUAUCUUUUGGCCUUAGAUCUCUAUUAUUUAGGCAGAGUUUGAAGGUUAUACUUAAUCCAAGAGAUGUUGUGUGUAGGUUUUCUACUUAUGACCACCACGUGUACCAUGUCCAAAUCUUUCAAACGUUUAACGUUGCCACUUGAGAUAGCAGAAAUUUUAUGUAAUAAAGGAAAAUAAAUCCAUGAAGUGCUUCACUGCUCCCGUUGCCUGAAGGAUAUGAUUUGAUAUAAUGAAAGAGCAGGGUUUCUACUCCGACUAAAUAGCUUUUCGUCUCAUUGGGGUCCUGACUAUUUAAGCUGUACAAUUAAUGUACACAUUAACUCCAAUGACCGAAGAUAUCAAUGUUCUGGCAUGCUGUAGACUUUAGUCUUUCCUUUUUCUUGUUUUCUUUUAUUUUCUUUGUACAUAGCAGGGGCACCUGCACAUUUCUACAUGUAUAGUUGUAAGAAUUUUUUGUUUUUCAAAUGCGUUAUGUAUCAAAGAAUCUUCCUGCCUGGUUAGCUUUGUAUUUCAAAUGUGUUGCACAAGUUCAGCCUUUUUUUUAUUCUUUUUUUGCCUAUUGUAUGUUUAUUUUAUAAUAAAAUUGACAAAUGUAAUAAACAAAAAAUGAGAUGUAGUCAUGCUGUUUUUAAAUGUUUAAUGUCUGUAUAAAAAAAAGCUGAAUAAAAAAUGGUAUAAGCCAAAUCGGAGCGCUUUAAAGAAUUUUUGAGUGCACGAGUUGUAAAAAAGCAUCAGUCAUAAACACUAGAGAAGGGGUUACCAAAUUUGGGGUUGCGACCCUAUGUAAGGUUGCUUGAUUUACAAAUGAGGACAUGAGAGAAGCUCACAAUCUCCACUUUUGUUUUUAUUCAUUUAUUUAACAAAUGGAUAUUACGCAUAUCGCUCAAACUAUGAAAAUGGAUAUUGUGUGCUGCUAUUUUGAAAUGUUGCUGGAAGUCUCAUUCAGACGAGCGCUUGAUCGAAUCCAGCUGAAAUAGUCGCUUAUGUUACACGUAUGUCACUGAUAUAUGAUAUAAUGUUCAAAUGUUGCAAUAGUCCUCAAGUAUAAAUCUGGAAAUAAAAAUGUAGCUUAUCCAAGUGCCAGUCAUUUGCCAACUUUUGAUAUGUUUUUUUUUUUCUCAGAGCAUGGUAAGCCCUUGAGCAAGAAUUUGUAUGAUGCUGUGAUCACAUCCAAUACAUUGCAUAACCAUGACUAGGUGCCAAAACCUUUGCACACACCUUCUGAAAACAUUUUCUUAAUAUCCAAUUCAGCAAAAAAAUAUAUUUUUUUUUUUCAGACAGACUUCGUUAUAAAGUUUGUCUGCUGCAGACGUUAACAUAUAUAUUUUUUAAUUAGAAAAUCAAAUGAGCAAAGCAGCAUUUCAGUUGGUGGUGCCAAAACUUUUGCAUACAGGGACCGAAAAAAAGUGUGCUCUAUAUAUGGUAAUUGUGCUGAUGUUAGCACAAAGUCACAAGGGAUUUAUUAUAUGCCUCCCAUUUAUGUAAUAAGUCCCUGUGUUCACACACAGUACACAUUUUCAUAGAAAUUAGCCAGGCUUCAUGUGAGUGCAUUCUUUAGGAAACUAAUGACUCUUUAUUUAUUCAUCACACGGAAAAUUUGCGUGCUCAAGCAUACCUGAUUAAUUUAUUAUGUGCUUCUUCUUCGUCACGUUACUCCAAGCUUCUGCAAUUUGGAAAGCUUCCUUUUUCCCCUUCGGCCAGUUAGGAACUCUACCUACUAAAUAAUGUCCCAAUUUACGUGUCCAAGGCCUUUUAUUUACUGAAUCCGAGCUUUUCAUUUCUCCCCGCUGACAGUUUAGAUUUAUUGAUUUAAUUGCCUAAGGUAACCAUGCAAUAAAAUCAUUGCGAAGAUAAAUUUCCUUGGCACUGUGCACCGUGGAGGUAAUUUUUCAGCCGCCGUAGCUACAUGUCCGCAGGUCACAGGU